UCUUGACUGAAGCCCUGUUGUGAAGAUGGCUUCACGCAGAUUGUUGUCGUCUCUGAUUCGAUCCUCAUUGCAUCGAUCUCCAUUGAAGUCCUCCCUUACCAGCUCAAGGCCCAGAAUUUCUUCCCCGAGCGGUGUGGGUCGUCCCUCUCCGUAUGGCUACCUCCUCAACCGCAUCGCUGAGUACGCCACUUCUGCGGCAGCUGCUACGCCACCGACUCCGGCGAAGAAGGACUCCGUUGGUGGCGGUGAUGGAAAGAUCGUCGACGAGUUCACCGGAAAAGGUGCGAUUGGGCAAGUGUGCCAGGUCAUUGGUGCUGUUGUCGAUGUUAGAUUCGAGGAGGGUCUGCCACCAAUCUUGACUGCUCUUGAGGUUAUGGAUCACUCGAUCCGAUUGGUGCUGGAGGUGGCGCAACACUUGGGUGAGAACAUGGUUAGAACCAUUGCCAUGGAUGGGACUGAGGGGGUUGUUAGAGGACAGCGCGUGCUCAACACUGGAUCCCCUAUCACCGUUCCUGUUGGUAGAGCAACCCUUGGCCGCAUCAUUAAUGUCAUUGGGGAGGCUAUUGACGAGAAGGGUGAACUUAAAACUGAGCACUUCUUGCCCAUCCAUAGAGAAGCUCCUGCUUUUGUUGAACAGGCAACUGAGCAACAGAUUCUUGUUACAGGGAUCAAGGUUGUGGAUCUACUUGCUCCAUACCAAAGGGGAGGAAAGAUUGGGUUGUUUGGGGGUGCUGGUGUAGGAAAAACGGUGCUCAUUAUGGAACUUAUUAAUAAUGUUGCAAAAGCUCAUGGUGGGUUUUCUGUCUUUGCUGGUGUUGGAGAAAGAACUCGGGAGGGAAAUGACUUGUACAGAGAAAUGAUUGAGAGUGGUGUUAUUAAGCUCGGAGAUAAGCAGAGCGAAAGCAAGUGUGCCCUUGUGUAUGGUCAAAUGAAUGAGCCUCCUGGUGCCCGUGCUCGUGUUGGUCUUACUGGGCUUACUGUGGCUGAACACUUCCGUGAUGCUGAAGGGCAAGAUGUGCUUCUUUUCAUUGACAACAUUUUCCGUUUUACUCAAGCCAACUCAGAGGUGUCUGCAUUGCUUGGUCGUAUUCCAUCUGCUGUCGGUUACCAACCAACAUUGGCUACUGAUCUUGGAGGUCUUCAGGAACGUAUUACAACCACCAAGAAAGGUUCCAUUACCUCUGUCCAGGCUAUAUAUGUGCCUGCUGAUGACUUGACUGAUCCAGCUCCGGCUACCACCUUUGCUCACUUGGAUGCUACAACUGUGUUAUCACGACAGAUCUCCGAGCUGGGUAUCUAUCCUGCUGUUGACCCCCUAGAUUCUACAUCUCGUAUGCUUUCGCCACUUAUUUUGGGUGAGGACCACUACAAUACUGCUCGUGGUGUACAAAAGGUCCUUCAGAACUAUAAGAAUCUUCAAGAUAUCAUUGCCAUUUUGGGAAUGGAUGAGCUCAGUGAAGAUGAUAAGUUGACUGUUGCCCGUGCACGUAAAAUUCAAAGGUUUUUGAGCCAGCCUUUCCACGUUGCAGAAGUGUUCACUGGUGCCCCAGGCAAAUAUGUAGAUUUGAAGGAGAGCAUUAACAGCUUCCAGGGUGUGUUGGAUGGCAAAUACGAUGACCUCCCAGAGCAAUCAUUUUAUAUGGUUGGAGGUAUUGAUGAGGUCGUUGCCAAGGCGGACAAGAUUGCUAAGGAAUCGACUUCUUAGUCACAGUUCUCCUUUUAUUUUAAUUCUUCGGAUGAUAGAGUAAAUUAAUAAAUGAUCCAAUGACCCUUUACCAUGCCAGAUGUCGGAAUCUCAAUUUUUUGGAGUGUCAUUUGCUCGAGUCACACCAUUUCCUUUUGAAUCUCGUUGCUUUAUUUAUUGCAUGGUAUGCAAGUUAACGGAGCCUACGGCUCUUUAUCCCCAUUAUGUUGUCUAAUAAUGGUAAAAAGCAAGCUGUCAUGAUCAUUUUUA